CAUUCACACUUGCUUUUCCAUUCAUUCCUUGAUAGAGAAAUGGAGAUCCCUGUUAUUGACUUCAGUAAGCUAGCUGGUGAGGAGAGAAGCAAAACCAUGAAACUUCUCCACCAUGCUUGUGAGAGAUGGGGAUUCUUUAUGGUAGAGAAUCAUGGAAUUGACAGAGAGUUGAUGGAGAAUGUGAAGAAGAUGGUGACACAGCAUUAUGAAGACAGCUUGAAGGAAAGGUUUUAUGCCUCAGAUGUUGUCAAGUGUGUGGAGAAUAAGAAAGAGAGUAUCAGAGAUGCAGACUGGGAAAGCACUUACUUCAUUUGGCAUCAUCCAACUUCCAACAUCAAUGAACUCAAAAACUUUCCAAACAACUUUAGCAAAACAAUGGAGCAGUACAUUGAACAGCUGAUGAAGGUAGCAGAGGAGCUUUCAGAACUCAUGUGUGAGAACCUAGGACUAGAGAAGAACCACAUUAAAGAAUCAUUUUCAGGGAGCAAAGGUGAAUCUAUUGGAACAAAGGUGGCUAUCUACCCAGAAUGCCCAAACCCUGAACUAGUUAGAGGGCUCAGAGAACACACAGAUGCAGGUGGCAUCAUUCUGCUGCUGCAGGAUGAUCAAGUCCCCGGCCUCGAGUUCUUCAAAGAUGAACAAUGGGUGAAGAUUCCACCCUCCAAGAACAACAGAAUCUUUGUCAACACAGGGGAUCAGGUGGAGAUUCUGAGCAAUGGAAUGUACAAGAGCACUCUGCAUAGGGUGUUGGCACAAAAUGAUGGGAACAGACUCUCCAUUGCCACCUUCUAUAACCCUGCAUCUGAUGCCAUGAUUUCUCCUGCACCAAAGCUCUUGUACCCUAACAAUGUCUGCUUCCAAGAUUAUCUGAAGCACUAUGGAAGCACCAAGUUUGGAGACAAGGGCCCGAGGUUCGAGGCGAUGAAGAAACUGCAGGCCAAUGGGCAUUGAUCUGCACUCUAAAACAUGUGUUUUCUUUCAGUUCUUAGCUUCUUGUGUGUUUAAAUGGCCUUUUAAUUUGCAGUCUAUG